AUGACGCACAUUGUUCGAUGGGGUAUCAUGGCCACUGGCUGGAUUGCUGAGACAUUCACAAAUGACCUUCUCAUCGACCCCAAUGUCCGCAAUGCAUCUGACAUAGCCCACCAAGUCGUCGCGGUGGCCUCGUCCUCGUCCAAGGACAAGGCCGAGCAAUUCAUCUCGGCUCGAGGAAUCACAACCCCUUGCUCUGCAUAUGGGGACUACGAGACUUUGGUGGCCGACCCCAACGUCGAUGUCAUCUACGUCGCGACCCCGCACUCCCACCACUACCAGAACGUCAGACUGGCACUGGAGGCGGGCAAGAAUGUUCUCUGCGAGAAAGCCUUCACCGUUAACGCUGCUCAGACUAAGAUUCUCGUCGAGAUUGCCCGCAAGAAAAACCUUUUCCUUAUGGAAGCUGUCUGGACGCGCUAUUUCCCCCUCAGCAUUCAGGUCCGCGAGCUCAUCCAGAAGGGUGAGAUCGGUGAGGUCCUCCGUGUCGUGGCUGAUACGAGCUUCGGUGAUGAUGUUGAGACGAAAUGGGGUACCACACACCGCAUGGUGAACCCCGAUUUGGCCGGUGGUGCUCUCCUGGAUUUGGGUAUCUACUCCCUGACCUGGGUCUUCCAGACUCUAUACCACACCCUGCCCCGAGACCAGAGGAAGCCACCCACUGUCUCCUCGCAGAUGACUCCUUACCACCUCACCGGUGCAGACGAGUCCACAACCAUGCUUCUGAGUUUCCCCACAAGCACUCCCUCUAAUGGGCCCCACCCGCAACAAUCGCACGGUAUCGCCCUGACCAACAUUCGUGGCACUCAAGGCGAGAUCCAGGUGCUUGGCCAACCUUUCCGGCCAGAGAGCUACCGUAUCAUUCCCAAGAAGGGUGCCGGUGAGAUUCGUGAGGUUCAUUGUCCGUUCCCUGGUAAUGGUAAGGGUAUGUACUGGGAAGCUGAUGAGGUUGCUCGUUGUCUCCGCGAUGGCAAGCUCGAGAGUGAGGGUAUGCCAUUGGAAGAAAGUAUCGUCAUUAUGGAGGUUAUGGAUGAGGUGCGGAAGCAGGGUGGUUUGACCUAUCCUCAGCAGAUUGAGUCGACUGAGUACCCUCUGAAAUUUUAG